AUGGCUUCUUCUGCCUCGGGCCUCGCUUGUCUAACAAAAUGUCUCUCUGCUGUCUACGGAGUCUUGACCUCUCCCGAAGAGGAAACGAUCUUGAAUUCGAUAACUCGCCAAGCAAGUGGAAGUGCGUGUCGUAGUCUCUAUGGUGGUCUCGUGAAGUGGGACAAGGGAUCGCGUGAAGAUGGACUGGACUCGAUCGCUCACCAAGUUUUACCGAGCGAUUCUUGGCCUGAAUUCCGAAUUGCGGUGUGCAUCGUAUCGGAAUCAAGGAAAAGCGUGGGCAGCACAGAAGGAAUGAAUCGAUGUGUGGAGACUAGUCCGUUAAUGCGCGUUCGAUACACAGAUUUGGUGGAGAAUCGAAUCGCGGAAGCGAUCAAAGCGUUCUCGAUGCACGAUUUCGGAGCGUUAGGCGAGAUUAUCAUGCAAGAAAGCGAUGAUUUGCAUGCGAUUUGCGCGGCUGCUGAGCCUUCCAUUGUUUACUUGUCGAAUCAAAGCCAGUUUAUAAUCAAACUCGUUCGCGCGAUCAAUUCCUUCAUGAAUCAAACGAUUAUCGCCUAUUCGUUUGAUGCUGGAUCGAACGCUUUUUUGUUCUUUGAAGAGAAGCAUUCAUCGUUCAUUGCUUCUAUUGUGCGAAGUCUUCUAUCUCCAAUUCAUUUUGUUUCUUCUACAAAAGAGAUUGAAUCUUCUGCGCUGAGUGAAGCGUUUUUGAAUCAGUGGAAUGAGGGAUCGAUUUCCAUCGCUUCUUUCCUCGUCACAGAGAUCGGAAUGGGUCCGGAACGACUCCAAUCGCUUGUUUUUUCGAACAAACACGAUAAGAAAACCAUGAAAAGAGUUUGGGAGCACUGA